AUGGUUUCCAACUCUUUGAGCUUCCAUCUCCAUCAUCGUCCCUACCACCAUGAUCAUCGACAUACCCUCUCAAAACAAAAUCUCAAUUCCCUUCCCUUUUCCCUUCCCCUUUCCAAUGUAUUCAAUUCAAUUCCAACCAUCAAAUCACCACUUUCCCUCCACAGAAAACCCCUCCUCUUCCGACCCAUGUCAUCCACUCUACCCGAUUCCAUUCCGGACUUCCAACCCGACCCAACUCUCAUAAACGACGAUCUCGCCCCAACGCCGGCGUCCCAACGAACUUAUUCCGGUUGGGAAAUGGCCAGUUUGUGGGUGGGUCUAGUGGUGGGUGUCCCGACGUAUUACCUCGCCGGCAGCCUUGUGGAUCUCGGAAUGUCUUGGUGGCAAGGAAUAUUGACAGUGGUUACAGCGAAUAUAAUCACAGUUGUCGCCUUGGGAUUGACCGGUCAUCCAGGGACUAAGUACGGGAUUCCGUUUCCGGUGCUUGCUAGAUCGGCGUUCGGAAUCCAUGGUGCACAUAUUCCGACUCUACUUAGAGGGUUAGUAGCUUGUGGGUGGUAUGGAAUCGAGACAUGGAUCGGAGGUGAAGCAAUCUUCUUACUCUUGCCAAAAUCCAUCAAGAAUUCAUCGCUUUCCAAUUCCAUUCCAUGGCUCGGAACUUCCCCAAUCGAGUUCGCUUGUUUUUUGGUAUUCUGGGUUGCGCAAUUAGUGGUUGUAAUCAAAGGAAUGGAUGGAAUCAGGGAACUUGAAAAAUAUUCUGCCCCAAUUUUGAUCGUUCUCACUUCGGCUUUACUCAUUUGGGCUUAUGUCAACGCCGGCGGAUUUGGUCAAGUUCUCUCCAUGUCUUCACGCCUGUCGUCGUCGGAGUUCUGGGCGCUUUUUUUCCCGUCGUUGACUGCAAACGUAAGCUUUUGGGCGACAUUAGCACUUAACAUCCCCGAUUUCACUCGUUACGCCAAGAGCCAAAAGGAUCAAAUCAUCGGUCAAGCUGGACUACCGAUUCUCAUGGGUGCUUUCACGUUCGUCGGUUUAGCAGUGACGGCAUCGACGCAGGUCAUCUUCGGACGUGUAAUCUCGAACCCGAUUGAAUUAUUGGGAAAAAUCGGUGGGAUUUCAACCAUGAUUCUCUCCAUCAUCGGAAUCACGCUAGCCACCAUCACAACCAACAUUGCAGCCAACGUCGUAGCUCCGGCGAACGCCCUCGUGAACCUAAGUCCAUCGUUGUUCACUUUCCGGCGAGGUGCGCUGUUGACUGCGUUGCUUGGAAUUGCGUUCCAACCAUGGCGACUUCUUCAAUCGAGUGAAAGCUUUGUGUACACUUGGCUUGUGGGUUACUCUGCGUUAAUGGGGCCGAUUACAGGGAUCAUGUUGGCCGAUUAUUAUCUCAUCAAGAGCCGGAAUCUUCAAAUUAACGACUUGUAUACGUUGAAUCCUGUUGGGAAUUACUUUUACUAUAAUGGUUACAAUUUAGGAGCAAUUGCAGCUCUCGUAAUCGGGAUUCUACCGGUGAUUCCCGGGUUCUUGGAGAAGAUAGGAGUCUUGAAUUCAAUUCCGGAGUUGUUAGUGAUGAUUUACAACAAUGCUUGGUUUUUUGGGUUUUUUUCAGCUGGGGUUGUUUACUGGGCUUUUUCAGGUUGUAAGGUAUACAUACCACACUUAUGGGGUGGUGCUGAGUUGUACAAAAAGCUAUUGAUGUGUACAUCAUCCUGA